AUGUCUUAUAAGUCUGGUUAUAUCGAGUCCUCUAACGGCCCUCGCUGCGAGAACUCGAGGUCGAGAGUCGAAGACUCUCAACAUGUGUAUCGUCCUAUUGAAUCUGUACCCUAUGGGUCUUCAUCACUCCGCUCUCCCCCCAGUACUCAACAUACGAUGUCACCUCAUGAUCAUGGAGAUCGUGAAUACUUUGAGGCCCACCUUCCCGUGAUGCCGGCACGUUCGCUACGCGAACGCCAAGUCGCCGCCCAUCCACCGUCUGUUCCCUCCUAUGCCAGUCAUCAUGUUUCCCCGCCAACAUCCUCAUCGCGCGCUUAUGACAUCAACCCGCUACCGGUACGUUCGCACUGCGAACGCCAAGUACCCGAUGGCAACUAUAUGUCAGGGCCCGGCCUCGGACUCGGAGGCUCCCUGACCUCAGCCCCCAUCUAA